GAAAGAAGAGUUUUAUAAAAACCAAACAUAAAAAGCUGAACACUUCCAUUGAGAGACGAUCCAAAAAAAAACAAACACCAAGAAAACAAAAAAAAAACAGAAUAAAAAUUAAAAAAGACAAUGAUCAAGGGAAGAGAAGGAAACAGAGGAUCUUCUUCUACUUCUGGUUACUCUGCAGAUUUGUUGGUUUGUUUCCCUUCAAGAACCCACUUAGCUUUUACACCUAAACCCAUUUGCAGCCCAUCUCGCCCUUCCAUCUCCACCAACCGUCGUCCACACCACCGCCGCCAGCUCAGCAAACUCUCAAACGGCGCCGGAGGAGGGCAUGCGAGUCCUGCUUUGUGGGCUAAACAAGCAAGUGGUAAGAACAUGGGUAACGACGAGAUAGCUGAGCCCACUUCUCCUAAAGUCACGUGCGCCGGUCAGAUCAAAGUCCGGCCGAGAAAAUGCGGCGGGAGAGGAAAGAACUGGCGGUCUGUGAUGGAGGAGAUAGAGAGGAUACAUAGGAACAAGUCGCAGAGCAAGUUUCUUGGGUUGAAGAAAGACGUGAUGGGGUUUUUAACUUGUUUAAGGAACGUCAAGUUUGAUUUUAGAUGUUUUGGUGAUUUCAGACAUGCUGAUGUCAUCACCAGCGACGACGAGGAAGAAGAUGAUGAAGAAGAUCAAGAACUAGAACAAGAAGAGGAGAAUACAAAGACUGUGUUCUCCAAAUGGUUUAUGGUUUUACAAGAGGAAGAGAGCACUAACGAAGGAGACAAGAACGACAAGAAAUGCGUCGUUGAUGAAAACGCAGACGCGGAACCGGCGGUUCCGCCGCCGAACGCGCUUUUGUUGAUGAGGUGUAGGUCGGCUCCAGCGAAGAGUUGGUUAGAAGAGAGAAUGCAAGUGAAAACUGAGGAAGAAGAAGAGGCAGAGGAUCAAGAGAUGAGUGUGAAGAAGAAGAAUAAGAAGGAUUUGAGAUCACUGAUGGAGGAAGAGAAUAUGGAACUAGUGUUGAUGAGAUACGAUACUGAUUAUUACAGACUCUCUUCAGACAUAGCUAAGGAGACUUGGGUUGUCGGAGGAGUUCAAGAUCCUCUGUCUCGGAGUCGAAGCUGGAAAAGCUAAUUUUUACCAGAUCUAUUUCUCACUUAUUAAUCAUCUUAUCAAAGAUAUGAUUAAGAUUUUUUUA